AAGAAAGAAAGUAAAAGACCGAAGACAGAGCUUUGGCAAUGUCUGUAACGUCUGGAGUGACAAUGCAGGUUGGAAAUGAUGGUGUUGCUGUCAUCUCCAUCUCUAAUCCUCCCUUGAAUGUUUUAAACGCUGCAAUGAUUGCGGGAAUGAAGGAGAAAUUCAGUGAGGCUACGAGGAGGAGGGAUGUUACUGCUAUUGUUUUGACAGGCAAGGGUGGAAGGUUUUCGGGGGGGUUUGACAUCAGUGCUUUUCAGAAAGUUCAUCAGAGAGGUGAUAUUUCAGAUUCACCAAAUGAAUCAUUUGAUCUCGUUGUCAGCACUAUAGAAGAUUGCAAGAAGCCUGUUGUUGCAGCUGUUGAAGGAUUGGCUCUUGGAGGUGGCUUAGAAUUGGCAAUGGGUUGUCAUGCACGUAUUGCUGCUUCAAAAACUCAAUUAGGCUUGCCAGAAUUGGCACUUGGGGUGAUUCCUGGGCUUGGAGGUACACAACGCCUUCCAAGGCUUGUAGGGGUACCAAAGGCCGUUGAAAUGCUGCUGUUUUCGAAACCCAUAACGUCUGAAGAAGGAAAGUCGCUAGGUCUUAUUGAUGACAUUGCAUCUUCUGAAGAGUUACUGAGAGCGUCUCGACUAUGGGCUCUAGGGAUUGCGGAGAGACAUAAACCAUGGGUGUGUUCUCUCUACAGAACAGACAAAAUUGGAUCCCUGUCUGAAGCACAGGGGUUGUUAAGAACUGCUAGAGAACAAGCCAAAAGGACUGCUCCCAAUUUGCCUCACCACCUCGCAUGCCUUGAUGUAGUCGAGGAGGGCAUUCUCCAUGGAGGAUAUAAUGGGCUUCUAAAGGAGGCUGCAGUGUCCAAAGAGUUACUUCUUUCAAACACUUCAAAAGCUCUUGCUCAUCUUUUCUUUGCACAACGUGCUACUGCAAAGGUGCCAAACGUUACUGAUGUCGGUCUCAAACCAAGGAAUGUGAAGAAAGUUGCUAUUAUUGGUGGAGGCAUAAUGGGCUCUGGAAUAGCUACAGCUCUUAUCCUAAGCAACAUAUCUGUUUUGCUCAAGGAAAUCAACUCUGAAUAUCUUCUAGAGGGAAUGAAAACAAUAGAAGCUAAUAUUCAAGGCUUAGUAACUAGAGGAAAAGUGCCACAGGAUAAGGCAAGAAAAGCGCUUUCAAUGCUUAAAGGAGUGUCCAACUAUUCAGAAUUUAAGGAAGUGGAUACGGUCAUAGAGGCAGUUAUUGAGGAUGUUCCAUUGAAACAAAAAAUAUUUAGUGAACUCGAGAGCGUCUGCUCUUCUUGCUGCAUUUUGGCAACAAAUACAUCCACCAUUGACCUUAAUGUAGUUGGAGAAAAGACCAACUCACAAGAACGAAUUAUUGGGGCUCAUUUUUUCAGUCCUGCUCAUAUAAUGCCUCUACUGGAGAUUGUACGAACAGAUAAAACUUCCCCGCAAGUUAUUCUUGAUCUCCUAACUGUUGGAAAAACAAUAAAGAAAGUUCCUAUAGUGGUAGGUAACUGCACUGGCUUUGCAGUUAAUCGUACAUUCUUCCCCUAUAUGCAAGGUCCACAUCUUUUGGUCAAUUUAGGUGUGGACUUGUUCAGAAUUGACAGGGUGAUCAGGAAUUUUGGCCUUCCCAUGGGUCCAUUUCAGCUUCAGGACUUGGGUGGAUAUAGACUAGGCUUGUCAGCUGGGAAAGAAUAUGCAAAUGCAUUCCCCAACCGAACAUUCAGGUCGCCAUUGACAGAACUUUUGUUGAAAAAUGGACGAAAUGGCAAAAGCAAUGGAAAAGGAUUUUAUAUUUAUGAAAAGGGAAGCAGACCAAAACCUGAUCCUUCAGUGCUACCUAUUAUUGAGGAAUCUAGACAGCUUAUGAAUAUUAUGCCUGGUGGAAAGCCUAUAUCAGUUUCAGAUGAAGAAAUUAUAGAGAUGGUACUUUUUCCAACCAUUAAUGAGGCAUGUCGUGUUUUGGAUGAGGGUGUAGUUGCUCGAGCAUCAGACCUUGACGUUGCUUCUGUACUAGGAAUGAGCUUUCCAUCUUACCGUGGUGGUGUCAUGUUUUGGGCAGAUACAGUUGGUUCAAACCAUAUCUAUACAAGUCUCAAGAGGUGGUCAGAAAUGUAUGGUAGCUUCUUUAAACCAUCUAGAUUUUUAGAGGAACGAGCCAUGAAAGGCAUGCCACUGAGUGCGGCAGCAUCAUCAUCUCUAAAACCAAACUCAAAGCUCUAGCCGGAUAACAAGAAUGUGGUGGCUGGGAAAAACCAGUGUUAUGGAUACAUCUGUCUUAAUGCACACCAACCUUUAAAGCAAUAAGAAAUUGGUAUUUGUCCCAAUUUCAUUUUCUGAAACCUUAAAAAAGUAUUGAACAGGCAGAAGCAUAUGCAGUUAGGAUAAAUUACAUGUCAAUUUCUUCUGUUUCUUCUUUUUUUUAAGGGUAAAGCCUGACUUUCAGAUACAACAAUCACAUCUGAAUUCAGAUAUGCCAACUAGCCAAGUGCCAAACCAUAUGUUUCUUUGGUGUAAGGUAACUUUAUCAAAUUCGGACAUGCCAAACACUCAAACUUCUGAUUGAAAGUGAACCACGACGAACAGAACAGAAAAGAAUAGGAUAGGAUUUAUGUGCAUGCGGUGGCAUUUUUCUAGACGUUAGCAUGUCGUGCUGUUUUGUGUGGGUGGCAACGUGUUUCAAUUGAGAGUGACAACGUGGAAGUUAUUUGAUCGUGUUAUAAUUCUGUC